CGAAUUUUUAAACGACGCCUAAUUGCAAGGACUAAUCACAUCAUUAAGCCUAAAUUCUAUAACUUCCUCAUUCAUCUAUCUCCCUCUCUUUGGUUCCAUCUUCCAAUGUAGAAAUAUUUCUCUCUGAUUAUGAAAAAUCCCAAUUCAAUGCUUUUAUAUUACUCUCUGAAAUAUCUCUCAUUUAAUUUGGGAAGUUUUUGUUAUAAUUUUGUUCUGUAUUUUGUAACACUAACCAAUUUGGUUUAUCACAGUUUUUUCGCUGCCCAAUUUAAUUGUAAAAAAAAAAAAAAUACUUAAAUUAGUUUCGGACAUUCAUAUAGGACAAAUUGGUUUUACUGACACAAUAAAACAUGCAUGAUGAUGUAAUCUUGAAUUAUGUGUUUGUACAUGAAAUUGGCGAUGAAAUGUGUGGUUAUGAUGACCUUAUUCAAUGAGUAUAUAUACAUUUCUAUGAAUUAUGUGUAAGUAAUGUGCAUUUGUGUGGAAUGUCAAUUUUCUUGUCUCUGAUGGAUGUGACUGUGAGUAUGUAAUAUCAAAUAUGUGAUGUUUGUUAAUUGCGUAUAAAUUUUUGUUAAAAUUCCGCUAUGCUACCGCGCUAUAGUGCUGCAAUAGCGGCUAUUUGACAACACUCUGUACCUUAAAGCAGAUUGUAGAGUAAUAGUGAUUUGUUCAAAUUCUGCUAUGCUAUAGUGCUAUAGCCUUCAUUUGACAACAUUGUGUGGAUCCACUAUUUGUUUUGGAAAGUUUUGAUCAUUACUGAAUGGAUGAAUUGAUAUAAUAAUGGAAACAACCAAUGAACUUAAAAGAGUUAAGUGACACAUUAUUAGACCCUAAUUGGGUUCCUAAAUGUCUUGGAAGAAAUUAGCGUAGGUUAAGAAGUGAGAGUAUAUAAUUUUUAGUAUUUUAGAAACUUUGAGCAUGACAACAAGUGAUGAAUCAGGGAGGUUUAUCAUGAAUUCAAUGAUGGUUUUAGGCUAGCAUGAUUAGGACAUGCUGCUAGUGCCACAGAAAAGGAAGAUUAGUGAUUGAGAUGUAAUAAUAAAUUUGAAUGAAACAAGUAAGAUGAAUACCUUAUGGAAAGGAGGAACCUUUUAGUGAAGUUAUUGGAAACUUGUUGCAGUAAGUUAUCAAUUUCACAGUUGCACUCACAGUGUUUGAAAGUCGGUCUUGUUCAUGAUAGUUUCAUUGUUACCAAGCUCAAUGUUCUUUAUGCUAGAUAUGCAUCAAUUCACCAUGCGCAUAAGCUGUUUCAAGAAACGCCUCACAAAACUGUUUACCUAUGGAAUGCUUUGCUUAGGAGUUAUUGUUUCGAGGGAGAAUGGGUAGAGACGCUGUCUUUAUUCUGUCAAAUGAAGAACGUUUGUUCUGUAUCGAUUGAAGAAAAACCCGACAAUUACUCGGUAUCUAUUGCCUUGAAAUCAUGUGCGGGUUUGCGGAAGCUUUUAUUGGGUAAGAUGAUUCAUGGGUUUCUCAAAAAGGUGAGGAUAGACAAUGACAUGUUUGUUGGGUCUGCCUUGAUUGAUUUAUAUACUAAAUGUGGUCAAAUGAAUGAUGCUGUGGAGGUUUUUAUGGAGUAUCCGAAACCUGAUGUUGUUUUAUGGACUUCAAUUGUUAGUGGUUAUGAGCAGAGUGGUAGUCCAGAACUUGCGCUUGCCUUUUUCUCCCGAAUGGUUGUCUCGGAGAAAGUGAGUCCUGAUCCAGUGACCCUUGUUAGUGUUGCUUCUGCUUGUGCUCAGUUAUCUAAUUUUAAGCUUGGGAGAAGUGUUCAUGGCUUCGUGAAAAGAAAGGGUUUAGACAAUAAGCUGUGUUUGGCCAAUUCACUGCUUCAUUUAUAUGGAAAAACUGGUUCUAUAAAAAAUGCAUCAAAUUUGUUCAGGGAGAUGUCUGAUAAGGAUAUUAUAUCUUGGAGCACAAUGAUUGCUAGUUAUGCUGAUAAUGGAGCCGAAACUGAUGCAUUAGAUCUUUUCAGUGAAAUGUUAGAUAAGAGAAUUAAGCCCAAUUGGGUUACUGUGGUUAGUGUGUUGCGAGCGUGUGCUUGCAUUUCCAAUUUGGAAGAAGGUAUGAAGAUUCAUGAAUUGGCAGUGAAUUAUGGUUUUGAGAUGGAAACCACAGUCUCUACAGCUUUGAUGGACAUGUACAUGAAGUGUUUUUCACCUGAAAAAGCAGUUGAUAUUUUCAAUAGAAUGCCAAAGAAAGAUGUAAUUGCUUGGGCUGUUUUAUUUAGUGGCUAUGCCGACAAUGGAAUGGUGCACGAGUCAAUGUGGGUUUUCCGCAAUAUGUUAUCCAGUGGAACUCGACCCGAUGCUAUUGCUCUUGUUAAGAUUCUUACUACUGUUUCAGAACUUGGGAUUCUUCAACAAGCUGUAUGUUUUCAUGCGUUUGUAAUUAAAAAUGGGUUUGAAAAUAACCAAUUUAUUGGAGCUUCACUUAUAGAGGUAUAUGCAAAAUGUAGUAGCAUAGAAGAUGCUAACAAGGUUUUCAAAGGAAUGACGUAUAAAGAUGUUGUUACUUGGAGCUCAAUAAUUGCAGCUUAUGGAUUUCACGGUCAAGGAGAAGAAGCUUUGAAAUUUUUUUAUCAGAUGGCUAAUCAUUCAGAUACUAAGCCUAACAAUGUAACUUUCAUCUCAAUUCUAUCUGCUUGUAGUCAUUCAGGUUUGAUUAAAGAAGGGAUAAAUAUGUUUGAUAUCAUGGUUAACAAGUACAAAUUAAAACCAAACUCGGAGCAUUACGCAAUAAUGGUUGAUCUUCUUGGUCGAAUGGGAGAGUUAGAUAUGGCUUUGGACUUAAUUAACAACAUGCCGAUGCAAGCUGGGCCUGAUAUAUGGGGAGCCUUACUCGGCGCAUGUCGCAUACAUCAGAAUAUAAAGAUGGGGGAAGUUGCAGCUAAGAAUCUUUUCUCACUAGACGCUAAUCAUGCAGGGUAUUAUAUUCUUCUGUCAAAUAUUUAUUGUGGUGAUGAAAAUUGGCAUAGUGCUACAAAACUUAGGAGACUCGUAAAGGAGAAAAGGUUGAACAAGAUUGUUGGACAAAGUGUGGUGGAGUUAAAGAAUGAAGUUCGAAGUUUCGUAGCAGGUGAUAGAAUUCAUGAUGAAUCUGACCAUAUUUAUGAAAUUCUGACAAAAUUACAUGCUAAAAUGAGAGAAGAAGCUUUUGAUCCACAAGUACAGAUAGAGGAGAUGCUAUGAGUUCUUGAAUUCGAAAGUUGUCCCAUUUGAAUGGCAUAAAGACUUUUGGAUAUUUGAGCUGAUGAUAGUUAGAGGGGGAGAAAAUAGUUUUGAGUAUGCUAUUGAUUGUUUCUUUAUUAUGUUUUGGAUCAUUCUUUUUGUUGUAAUUUGUAAAUAAAUUAACAGGUUUUGAUUAGUGCACAUCGAUACUAAAGGUUACAAAAGUUAUUUAGAUUGAAGAUAAAUGACACAGAUUAAUUCAUUUCA